AUGAGCAAGAAGUGGGACUCAAACUCUUCAGAAAGCUGGAAUCACAUCGGGAGUGGCAGCGAUGCCCAGCAUCAUUGGUAUUCAGAUAUCAACGUCACUUACGUGAACUACUAUCUUCACCAGCCUCAAGUGGCGGCCAUCUUCAUUACUUCCUACUCCCUGAUCUUUUCCCUGUGCAUGGUGGGAAAUACUGUGGUGUGCUUGAUUGUCAUAAGGAACAGACACAUGCACACAGUCACGAAUUUCUUCAUCUUAAACCUCGCAGUCAGUGAUUUACUGGUUGGAAUAUUCUGUAUGCCUGUCACGUUGCUGGACAACAUCAUAGCAGGAUGGCCAUUUGGAAGCAGCAUGUGCAAGAUCAGUGGGCUGGUGCAGGGAAUAUCAGUUGCGGCUUCAGUCUUCACCUUGGUGGCAAUAGCUGUGGACAGAUUCCGGUGUGUCGUCUACCCCUUUAAGCCAAAGCUCACCAUCAAGACAGCAUUUGUCACUAUCGUGAUUGUCUGGGGCUUGGCCAUCACCAUUAUGACUCCCUCUGCAGUAAUGUUACACGUACAGGAAGAAAAACACUACCGAGUGAGGCUCAGCUCCCACAAUAAAACCAGCGCAGUCUACUGGUGUCGGGAGGACUGGCCCAACGAGGAGAUGAGGAGGAUCUACACGACCUUGCUGUUUGUCACCAUCUACCUGGCUCCACUCUCCCUCAUUGUUGCCAUGUAUGCAAAGAUUGGGGCUUCCCUCUGCAAGACUUCAGCACCCUGCAAACGUGAGCAGCGCCCGGAACAGCAGCGCGUAUCCAAGAAGAAACAGAAGGUCAUCAAGAUGCUGCUGGCUGUGGCCCUCCUGUUCAUUGUCUCCUGGCUGCCCCUGUGGACGCUGAUGAUGCUCUCCGACUAUGCCGACCUGCCUCCCAAUAGACUGCGCAUCAUCAACAUCUAUAUUUACCCUUUCGCCCACUGGCUCGCCUUUUGUAACAGCAGUGUCAACCCCGUCAUCUACGGUUUCUUUAACGAAAACUUUCGCAACGGUUUCCAAGAUGCUUUCCAGAUCUGCCAAAAGAAAGCCAAACCCCAGGAAGCCUACACCCUUAGAGCUAAGAGCAACACGGUCAUGAACACAGCUGACAUCCUGCUGGUCCGGGAGCCUGUGUCUCAGAACCCAGGUGGGGAAAAGUUGAUGGGUGGGAAAAGCGCUGACAAUCCCGUGCAGGAAUCCCUGACAGAAGAAAUGGGGGAAGCUACCACCACCACUGAGGCGUAA